AUGACUAAUACGAUUACAAGAACAGCAAUGACCGAUACGAUAACAAGAACAGCAAUGACCAAUACGAUAACAAGAACAGCAAUGACUAAUACGAUUACAAGACCAGCAAUGACUAAUACGAUUACAAGAACAGCAAUGACCGAUACGAUAACAAGAACAGCAAUGACUAAUACGAUUACAAGAACAACAAUGACUAAUACGAUUACAAGAACAGCAAUGACCGAAACGAUUACAAGAACAGCAAUAACCAAUACGAUUACAAGAACAGCAAUGACUAAUACGAUUACAAGAACAGCAAUGACUAAUACGAUUACAAGAACAGCAAUGACCGAUACGAUUACAAGAACAGCAAUGACCAAUACGAUUACAAGAACAACAAUGACCAAUAUGAUUACAAGAACAGCAAUGACUAAUACGAUUACAAGAACAACAAUGUCUAAUACGAUUACAAGAACAGCAAUGACCAAUACGAUUACAAGAACAGCAAUAACCAAAACGAUUACAAGAACAGCAAUGACUAAUACGAUUACAAGAACAGCAAUGACCAAUACGAUUACAAGAACAGAAAUAACCAAUAUGAUUACAAGAACAGCAAUGACUAAUACGAUUACAAGAACAGCAAUGACCAAUACGAUUACAAGAACAACAAUGACCAAUAUGAUUACAAGACCAGCAAUUACUAAUACGAUUACAAGAACAGCAAUGACCGAUACGAUAACAAGAACAGCAAUGACCAAUACAAUUACAAGAACAACAAUGUCUAAUACGAUUACAAGAACAGCAAUGACCGAUACGAUAACAAGAACAGCAAUGACUAAUACGAUUACAAGAACAACAAUGACUAAUACGAUUACAAGAACAGCAAUGACCGAUACGAUUACAAGAACAGCAAUAACCAAUACGAUUACAAGAACAGCAAUGACUAAUACGAUUACAAGAACAGCAAUGACUAAUACGAUUACAAGAACAGCAAUGACCGAUACGAUUACAAGAACAGCAAUGACCAAUAUGAUUACAAGAACAGCAAUGACUAAUACGAUUACAAGAACAACAAUGUCUAAUACGAUUACAAGAACAGCAAUGACCAAUACGAUUACAAGAACAGCAAUAACCAAAACGAUUACAAGAACAGCAAUGACUAAUACGAUUACAAGAACAGCAAUGACCAAUACGAUUACAAGAACAGAAAUAACCAAUAUGAUUACAAGAACAGCAAUGACUAAUACGAUUACAAGAAAAGCAAUGACCAAUACGAUUACAAGAACAACAAUUUCCGAUACGAUUACAAGAACAGCAAUGACCAAUACGAUUACAAGAACAGCAAUGACCAAAACGAUUUCAAGAACACCAAUGUCCAAUACGAUUACAAGAACAGAAAUAACCAAUAUGAUUACAAGAACAACAAUGACCAAAACGAUUACAAGAACAACAAUGAGCAAUACGAUUACAAGAACAGCAAUGACCAAUACGAUUACAAGAACAGAAAUAACCAAUAUGAUUACAAGAACAACAAUGACCAAUACGAUUACAAAAACAACAAUGACCAAUACGUUUACAAGAACAACAAUGAGCAAUACGAUUACAAGAACAGCAAUGCCCAAUACGAUUACAAGAACAGCAAUGACCAAUACGAUUACAAGAACAGGAAUGACCAAAACGAUUACAAGAACACCAAUGACCAAUACGAUUACAAGAACUUCAAUGACCAAUACGAUUACAAGAACAGCAAUGACCAAUACGAUAACAAGAACAGCAAUGACCAAUACGAUUACAAGAACAGCAAUGACUAAUACGAUUACAAGAACAGCAAUAACCAAUACGAUUACAAGAACAGCAAUGACCGAUACGAGUACAAGAACAGCAAUGACCGAUACGAUUACAAGAACAGCAAUAACCAAUACGAUUAAAAACAGCAAGGCCCAAUACGAUUACAAGAACAGCAAUAACCAAUACGAUUACAAGAACAGCAAUGACCAAUACGAUAACAAGAUCAGCAAUGACCAAUAUGAUUACAAGAACAGCAAUGACUAA